UCUAAGUUUUAAUUGUGAGCAGGCUUUUUGUUCAGUUCUAAGUGGCUGCGGAGCGUUCAGGUGAGGGUAAGUGCGGCUUGACUAACUGAUUAAGUUUAAAUUUGAUGCAGUUCUAAAAAUUCCCUUUUUGUCUAUUUUCUAUAAUGAUUUUAACAGAAUUUGGGCGCCACACAAUUCGUAAACUUACUCGAUUAGUUCUUUUAAGGUAGCUUGAGUGAUAACUUUGUACAGUGCCCGGCAUUUAGUCGAAGAACAAAUUAACUCCGUGGCAAAUCAACAGAGUAGUAAAUUAUAAUGAAAUAUAAACUUUAAAAUUUCAAAUCUAAGGAAUAACAUACUUGCAUGGAAGCCGUGAAAUAAGGAACUAACGAGCUGAUCUGCAUGAUGAGAGCACAUAGAAUAAUAAAAAACAAUGGAUGAAGAAAAAUUGCUAAAAAGACAAUGAAACAAAUUUAUGUUUUUUAGCAAUACAAAAACCAGAAUAAGAACCUCGCUAAGCCGCUCGUUUCGCCAGUUCUAGAUAAACUUGAUUUUCGAGUGUUGUUUUAAAAAAGAUUGGAAAACGGACUAACCGGAAGAAAAAUAAAACCUCCUAGAAAAAAAAUGAAGGGGAAAGCAACAUCAACAGUCCGAUUAGCGUCAUCCUAACACUAACCUGCAGGAUCGAUAAGUAACAAGGCCACGGACUUUCACCAAUGCACCAUCCUUGUCACCAAAUACAAAUCGAGAACCAACAACAGAUUUCGAUUUUUGCAGAAGGAAAAAAUUGGGCUUUUAAGCAUUUCCCUUUAAUGGACUGAAGCUCUUUUGUCACAUCAACAGAUUUAUAUGACUGAAAAAUCUUUUAAACAGGAGGAUUAACACAUCAGAAGAAAUUCCUUUCCUUUAUAUAUUUUACAUUUUACUGUUUGCGCAAAGUUAGGAAGGAGAGAGAGGCAUAUUCUUGCAUUGAUGGUUUUUUCUUCACAAUUACAUCUCAUCAAAGUUUCCUAUAUUAUUUAAGUCGAUUAUCCAUAUUGGACUAGGGCCCUGACCAACUAGACUGACUAAGCUCAAAUUAGCAUUUAAGACGAAGGUGGUUUUCAAUCGAUGAAGAUGGGUUAGUCUAUGACGCCCGGCCAGGCUAGUACCGAGAGAAACUUUCUGCUGGUCUGGCCCAUUUGACUUAUAAAAAAUUAAUACGUUGUAAAUUUUGAUUGGCUCAAGAAAUCUAAGUAUCUGUUUUGCGCUCGUCAUUGCUCAGCGUUGAUUGCAGGGCAAGGUAUUUUGAAAAUAUUUUAAAAUAUCAGGGUCCGUUUGGCAGCAAAGCAGAAAGUAAUUACACUAGCAUUAACCUCUACCCUGCUUAAACGAUUAGCUUUUCGCUGUGCACGGGUAGUGUAUUAUUCACCAGUGAACUAGUCAACAGUGAAAAAAAAUAUGAAGUAGACCGUACGGGGAGCAUUUUUUGUGACACUCUUUAUUCUGUAGUUACUAUAAUUUUGAUUUAUUUUCUUACAUCGAACAGUAAGGUUUGUCACCAUCCACUUUCCUAUAUUCCGGAUGAGUUCCUGUUCCAGCAGACUGUCCGGCACUGAUCCGCAAAUUUGGACUGAAAAUGCGUUCACAUUUAUCAUUUCAGUUCCUGGUGAAAACAUCUGGUAUGUUUCGUAUGCUUGAAAACCGUCGUUAAAUACUCUAGGACGGUGUACAAAUACUCGUUUACAUUUCAGUUUAGUUAGAGGGGGACUGGUUAGAAUGUAAGACAAGGAGACCCCGAUGUCUCCUGAUUAAAGCUUCAGAUUGACACACUUGAUUCUAAACUUUAAAAGAAUCUGCCACGGCCAUCUCCGGCUCUAGAAAAAAGUAAUGUUUCUGUUUCGUGACAACUAAAACUGAUUACUUUUUUCUUUUCAGGGGUCCAAAAGUCGAACAGAUUUUCAUUAAAAAGUAUGGAAUCCAUGGUGCCUUUGAUGUUGGUGCUAUCUUUUUUCAUUAUAAAAGGUUGGGAGAAAGGGUUCUUUCACUUAAACGCUUCUUUGUUCAGUGAUGUUUAGGUGUGGUUCCCAUAUGGAAAAUAGAAAAACGUGAAAGUUCACUAUCAUUACUUCAACGUCUUCCCAAUUGAGACUUGCUUGGGUAAAAGUUUAAUAAUGGCCAGGGUCACAGAGUGUUUUCUUAAUAUGGACAUUUUUUAUGCGAUGAUGUUGAACUGGCGCCGACUGAGUUCUAUAUACAUCGGCUCAUGCAUUUAACUUUUUUCUCUUGUUUUGGCUUAUCUUUAUGCAUGUUCGUUACAGCAUACGGAUCGUCUUUUGUAGAAGUAAAGCAGACAGUGACAGAUGAUACAAUACAAGGAGACUUUGCCGAUGAAGGUAAUUGCAAUGUACGCUGCAUAAACAUUACUCAAAGUGGUUGAAUUGCCUGUAAAGAAACGCGAAACGCGUCAGCAAGAAGAACAGUGCAGUAGAUCAGAAGACUAAUAUCAGUGAGGCGUCGUGUUUACUGGCUCGAAAAGAAACUAAAAAAGCUGCCAGUUAAGGUGUUUCGAUAUAAUAGUUUUUCAGAAGCUAUACCAAUAUUUUUCAAUCGCCUUAAUAGUGUUUUUUUUUUCCUAGUCCGAUCGCUAUACAUUUUUCACCAGUAAUUGGCUAUGGACUGAAAUUUAUGAAAAUGUAGUUUUAAGUAAAGUCGAUAUUACUUUGACAAGAAUAAAUAAAAAACUUUUAAACUGAUAAAAGCCGAAUUUUGUGUGAUCUAGGAGACCAGCUACUGAAAAUCAAACACUAGGAACUUAAAGUUUGGUGUUUAGCAAACAAUCUCCGUAAGAAGUAAAAAAUUCUGUAUGUUUGAAUUCGAUUAUUUAAUAAAAACGUUAUAAAUGAGUCAAAUUAUUCUUAAGUAGCGUCAGAAUGCUGCUUAGUAUCAUAUUUUGAUGCUAGGAAAUAAAGUUGGUGUAUUUUCGUUCUUGCGAAUCUUGAAAAUUAGCCCGUUUUCUCACCACCUGUACAAGUGCAACUUCAUUCAAAAUUUUUUGUAUAUCUCUGAAACGACUCGAACGAAUUUUUUAAAAAUCUCAUCACAUCAUCUUCGUAAUGUAACUAUAUAAUAAUAUCUGAAACUUUCAUUGAGAUUGAUUCACUGCAACAUCUUAAAAUUUCAAGACAAACCUAUCCUACGAACCUGUCAAAAAUCUGCGUUAUAACAUUCACUGUUUUGACGUUAUGCUAAUUUUUCCAAAAUAAUGCGCACUAUACAUACCUCCAUGACUAGCACAUUUUUGUUUGAAUUUAUGCCAUCUUUUGAAAGUAAAACAUCGGCUUUUUUUUAUUUUCCAACUUUCAGACGACGUCGUUCUCAAAGCUGUUCACUCAACAACUUCAGAAUCAGCUUUCAUCGAAUCAGGAUCGGGAUCAGGAUCAGCAUCUGGCAGGAAUAAUGGCUACCCAAGUCCCGAUGAAGACGACUCUAAUGAAGAACAAAUUCUGAGACGAGACGAAGGAGACUCCGACGAACAAUCUGUCCUGCAGGAAAGAGAGGACGCAAAUGAGAAAAUUACCGAUUAUCCCGCCAAUUAA